AUGCGUAAUGGAUAUCACGGUAUGACGCAGGCUGUAAUUGGAGCGACAAAUAUUGGAACUUGGAAACAGCCAAUGCCAUCAGGUUUCGGCGUUCUGAAGGCAAUGGCAGCCGAUCCGUACUCGGGACCAUGGGGAGGAAAGAAGUGCCGCGAUUCGCCGAUACAGACGAAGCGUGACUGCUCAUGCAAAGAUGGAGAGUGCAUGGCCACGGACAAGUACGGUAAUAUAGGAGUUGACUUUAGACUCUUUCCGCUUAUAACUCUGAUAAGAGAUAUAAGCCUCUGGCAAAGCACGAAGUGGCGAUGA